CUCGUCAGACCGGACCGAGCUGAGAAAUGUACCGGAUCCCGCACACGCACGGCCUGUCCCGCACUGAGGGCUGCGCUGCGGUCACGGCGCGCGUGGAUUAGAGGGUCCACCUGGGUGGGAGGAGGGAGGGAGUGCGCGGGGAAGAGAGCCGUGUGCGGAACGGAGAGUCGGCGCAAAGUUUCCUCGAUGGCGCUGGUGAUGGAGCCGGUGAGCAAAUGGAGCACGAGCCAGGUGGUGGAGUGGAUGAAAGGUCUGGACGACUGUUUGCAGCAGUAUGUGGGUGUGUUUGAGCACGGAGGCGUGUGUGGAGAGAGGCUGCUGAGAAUCAGCCACGCCGAGCUGGAGGAACUGGGAGUUUCUCGUAUUGGACACCAGGAGCUCAUUGUGGAAGCGGUCGACUUGCUCUGUGCUCUGAACUCAGGUCUGGAGACAGAGAGUGUGAGGACUCUGGCUCAUAAGCUGGGUGCUUCAGCCAAGAACCUUCAGAACUUCAUUUCUGGCCGCAGACGCAGCAGCCAGUCAGAAAGCAGAACCUCGCGGCGGCUCCCCAAUGAUCUCCUGACUUCUGUUGUUGACCUCAUCACUGCCGCCAAGAGCCUGUUAGCCUGGCUGGACAGGUCUCCGUUUGCUGCAGUGGCAGACUAUUCAGUAACCAGAAAUAAUGUCAUUCAGCUGUGCCUGGAGCUCACCACCAUCGUGCAGCAGGACUGUACGGUGUUUGAGACGGAGAACAAAAUCCUUCAUGUGUGUAAAACUCUGUCGGAGGUGUGCGAACACAUUGUGUGCGUAUCGUCGGACCCACUGGUUUCUCAAUCAGCCCACCUCGAACUCGUCCAUCUCACCAACAUCAAACCCUCUGAAGGCCUGGGAAUGUACAUCAAAUCAACCUAUGACGGCUUACAUGUGAUCACAGGAACUACCGAAGGGUCUCCGGCUGAUCACUGUAAGAAGAUCCAUGCAGGAGAUGAAGUCAUACAAGUCAACCAUCAGACUGUGGUGGGCUGGCAGUUGCGGAACCUGGUUGGCUCUCUGAGGGCUGACAAAGGCGUUGUGUCCCUAACACUGAAGAAGCGUCCCCAGAGUACGCUCAGCUCCGCUCCUGCACUGCUAAAGAAUAUGCGCUGGAAACCGCUGGCUCUGCAGCCAACAAGAAGUCCAAGCAGUAGCUCAGCCACACCAUCAGGCACGCCCACCAAGAGCUCCGCCCUUCAGGACCUUUACAUCCCUCCUCCACCAGCUGAGCCAUACACACCCAGGGACGAGACAGGAACGCAGUCUGGAGACGAGGUAUCACGUAACCACAGUGGCAUCAGAGCUGCUAAGCGCGCUGAGUCACCAAACUCCUUCCUAGAUCAAGAGUCCCUCCUGCGAGAAGAGGUGGAGUCUGUGUAUUGCACCACGCCCACCUAUGGUAGGUUGAGGCCCAUCUCCAUGCCUGUGGAGUGUAACUGGGUGAGCGACUACGAAGAUACCGCCAAACUCAACCGAGAAAGUCGCCGAGAAGCGUCACUCAUGCGGUACGUGGGAUUGUCUGGCGGUGAGGAGAGACCCAUCUCUGACGACUAUUCCUCCCACACUGCACGUCCAGGCAAACGGUCCAGUGACACAGCAAAGCGCGCAAAGAGGCGGAGCCACCACAGCCAAAGCCCCUCCCACUACGUCCUCCAGGCAAAUCAAAGGGAUUCUCCACCGAGAGACCCGGCUUCCAUAUAUCACACAUACCAACAGUCAUCCUCGCUGCAGUCAAAAAACAAGAAGAAGAAUAAAGGACAAGGUUUGGCCUCCCUCAGUCGGAGGCGUGUUUCCUGCAAAGCUCUGGGUCGAGGAGACUGUGAGGGCUGGCUGUGGAGAAAGAGAGACGCCAAAGGAUACUUUUCUCAGAAAUGGAAGAAGUACUGGUUUGUUCUAAAGGACAACUGCUUGUACUGGUACAUAAAUGAGGAGGAUGAGAAGGCAGAGGGCUUCGUCAGUCUUCCAGAGUUUAAGAUCGAUCGGGCCAGUGAAUGUCGCAAAAAGUAUGCUUUCAAAGCAUGUCACCCCAAGGUCAAGAGUUUCUACUUUGCGGCAGAUGGAGUGGAUGACAUGAACAGAUGGCUCAGUCGUCUCAACAUGGCUGCUGUGGGCUACGCCGAGCGAGAAAGGAUACGGCAGGAGCAGGAUUACUGGAGCGAGAGUGACCAUGAGGGUGACUCCACGUCCAGCCCCAAGCAGGACAGCCCCCCACCUCCAUAUGAUACCUACCCACGGCCUCCAUCAAUGAGUGCCUACUUGGAAGGCCGGACAACUCGACUGUCUUCCACUGAGACGUCUCGUUCACGCUCUUCCCAGGAGGACUUCCUUUGUGGCGACUCAACAGCGGCAACUGCAGAACCACAGUACCACCCUGGUCCUCUAGGGGGAGGCACCACACACAGUGGAAGAAAGCCCGGGGGCAGCAACAGCAGUGACGUGCAGUACCGAUGUGAUCCAGUAGAGUACCGCUCUAGUCCUGCAGGAGGAAGCAGUGAGACAGGCUCCCCAGGGCGCUCUUCUUCCUCUCAGCGACGCUCCUGGCAGGACUUGAUUGAGACGCCAUUGACUGAGGCUGGUCUGCACUACCUGCAGACUGGACCACUGGAGGACGCUGUGUUUGAUGAACCUGGACAGGGAGGUGGGUCUAUGAUGGCCGUUGGCGUUUACACGCUGCCCCCACAGAGGAAUAUCCCGUUGCCCAUGGCGAUGCAGAGGCUGAUUCCUAUGGCAACCCAGGGAGGGAAACCUCGCAGUUUCACACUGCCACGAGACAGCAAUCUACACACACUCCUCACCCCCCCUACGAAAGACGAACAGCACGCACACAAUGGUGGCAGCGAGGGUGCAUCGCUGGGUGACCUGUUCCGUGCAUGUGAGCAAGGUGGGGUGUGCCCUCUGGGGCGCGGUUCAGAGGCCAAAGGUCAAUCAGACUUCAGACAGUCGUUUCUCCGGCGAGCCGCUGACCCUCAGCUCAACGAGCGUCUGCAUCGACUCCGCAUACUCUCCUCCACGCUGAAGGACAGGGAGGGGGAGAUAGCGCUGAUUGACAAGCUGUUGGACAAUCCCCAGCUGUCGUCGGCAGAGUUCCAGGAGUGGAAGCGAGCCUAUGAGGAGCUGUUCUCCCACGAGCCGACCGCUGAAUCCGACCCCGGGCCGCCUCUGACCCCGUCGCUGGCGCACACACACUCCUAUAUUGAGACGCACGUCUGACAUGCACACAUGCGCUCUAAAGGUUGGCGUUCGGCGAAAUGGAAAGUGUCGCAUCAGCCUCGCACGACAGGUGGAGCAGGCGUUUGGCCACGCCCUCACAUCUAAACCAAUCUGCGAGCUGAUUGGUUACGCCACUCCAGCUGGCUUGCAAACUGAACAUUUCAUGUUAGCUUUUGUGCUCACUUUGAAACAGCCAUAAAAACGGACAACUGUCAUCGAUGUGUUGGUCCAGUCGAAUUACAGAAGAGUUUAUUGAUGAGCUUUCAUGCUGUUUGCUGCGCCGCAUUCAUACGGCGUGCAUCGCGUCUCACAGACGGCGUCCACACAUUGUACACUACCACGCCUUAUACUUGAUGUCUAAGAUAUUUACUGUACAGUGAGUAUGACAACAGAGAACAAUAAGCAUAGCUUUGUUUAUUUAAUGAAGUAUCAGUUUCUGUUCUGUUUGGGUUCAUUUGGUAGACACGGUGCAGGGCUGGACCUGAAGCGUGCACACCUGAAAUAAAAUGCAUUUAAUGGA